UCUUCCUCUCUUUAAUCCAUAAUCGAAAUGGCUGCUUCAGGAAUCGCUGUUGGCAUCAACAAAGGUCACAUCGUCACUCGUCGUGAACUCAAGGCCAAGCCCUCUAACAAGAUUGGUGCUGCCUCCAAGCGUACCACUUUUGUUCGUGGCAUCAUCCGUGAAGUUGCCGGUUUUGCCCCCUAUGAACGUCGUCUUAUGGAAUUGAUCAAGAACUCCAAGGAUAAGCGUGCCAAGAAGCUCUGCAAGUCCAAGCUCGGUACUUUUGUUCGUGCCAAGAAGAAGAUCGAAGAACUCACCGCUGCUGUUGCUGCUUCUCGUCGUCACUAAGUCUCUUUUCUUACUUUGGUUUCUUUAUAAGUUAACUUGAAGAAUAAAAAAGAAAAAAGAAUGGACUUUAUUUAUGUUCUAA